AUGCUUCUUAAUACAGAAUUUUAUCUUUAUUUUCCAGAGGGACAUGAGAUUUUGAUAAAGUUUAAGAAGUAUGAAAUUAGAAAGUUCUUUGAUGGCUAAAUUCAAUUUACUUAAAAUGAAUUGCAAUCAAUCUAAUAAUUCAGGCAAAAAUAUUAAGUUUAAAAGGAGGAUUCCUUUAUAUUAAGAAUGCUAUAUGCAACGAAAUUUAAGUUUGAUAAAUGCUAAGAAGCUAUUAAAACUUAUGAUGAGUGGAAAUAAAACAUGGAUCCUAAAGUAAAUCCAAUGUCAUAAGAAUUAUUGAAACAAGGAGUGAUAUAUAUGCAUGGGAGAGAUAAUAGAUAUCGACCAAUUAUUGUUGUUAAUGCUAGAAAAGUUGCAGGAGUUAAAGAAAUCGAUGUCCUACUAUAAUCAAUGACAAUAUUUCUUGAUUACGUAUUAACAAAUUGCAUGCUUCCCGGUCAAAUUGAGAAUUGGAUUGUAAUUAUGGAUUUAGGUGGACUGGGUAUUAUGGGGUUGCCAAAAUAAGAUCUUUAUCGAAUCAUGAAUUAUUUAUCCAGCAAUUAUAGAUCUAGAAUGCAUAAAUGCUAUGUUAUUAAUUGUCAUAAAGCGCUUAGUAUCACCUGGGCAAUGAUUAAAACUUUUCUAGAAGAUAUAACCGUUAAUAAAAUUCAUUUUGAGAGCUGUCCCCUUCCCUUACUUUAAUAUACAAAUCCUCAACAAUUGGAAAAGAAAUAUGGAGGAGUCGCCAAUGAUAAAUAGGAUAACUUUUGGCCUCCAUAAGAGAUAAGUCCCAAUUAUCAAAUCGCCGUAGACAACAUCAAAUUGAUAGAUCAGCUCACAUAUGUUGAACUCUAUAAAUCGGGUAAACUAACUAAGAAUAGAAUUUGCCAAGAAUUAAUUAAGCAACAGGACCUGUAAUAAAAUAACCAACAAAUCAAAUUAGCACAAAAGUCUGAAGAUGACUUUCAAUCUUGCGAAGAAGAUAAUGAUUUAUGA